UUGCAACAUAAGGACGGAAAGUGUAGGGUAGGCUAUCAUGCAAAGAGAAUGAUCACUGUUUAAACCUAAACAAAUAAUUUAGCUAUCAUAUAUCGUAUCGAUUUCUAUUGCUCUUGAAGAUAAUUUUCAAUGUAAUGUGACUGCUACACUCUUCUUUAUCUUAUCAACGCUCCAAAAGAGGUAAAACAAGGCGGCCAGGAAGUGACCAGCCUUUCUCACACGCGGAUUCUCGAGUCGGUGGCAAAGACAGAGAAACAUGGCUUUUACAGACACCACAGGCUCAAGUCACAAGUUUUUAAAGGAUGCAUCGCUACUGUAUCAAGACAUUUGUCCGGAGCAGUCACGUUUUCUCAUGGGGAGACACCAGAGAAUGAAAGCUCCAGCCAAGUUCCAGCCCGUCCCUGAAGAAGAGCUCUGUCCCUUCUGUUUCCAGUGGCGUCGCCCAGACAACCACCACAUGCGGCUGCGUCCCAAGCGGCGUGCAUCGGUGCGGGUGCAGAGCGUGUUGCGGAGGGAGGCCAAGGGCAAGAGGCUCAGCCUGGCUCAGAUGGACAUCUUACGGAGGUUCAGGGGCUCCUCAUCAGCUCUGGUGGCUACAUGCCACACCUGUAACAACAUAUCCAAGCAUAACGGCGUCAACAGGAACUUCAUGGCCACUCUCUCCAAGAGCCACUGCACCCCCUGGAGCGCAGGCAAACACAAGACUCCCCAGUCCACCAACAGAAGCCACGCCACGGGCAUCCCAAAGUCUGCCUCCAAAGACAAGACGCCCUGCAGUACGCCAAGGUCCACCGGUUCCUCCUCGGCCUCAAAGCCCGCAAGUGUGAAGAAGUCGGCCUUCUCCCGCCUCAAGAGGUUCCUCAUGCUGGAGGACAACCAGAAGACGAAGACCAAGGGAGGACUCAAAGACUUCCUCUCCUCCCUCUGAAUGACUGACAAACACUGGGCUCCGUUGCAUGGGCCCAAGAGUCAGCCAUGACACCACCAUGAUAUGAAACUGAACCAGUCUCUCGUGCCUGCUUAGAAUUCAGAAUGGUCCUGCUGGAAUUCAGAAUGGUCCUGCUGGAAUUCAGAAUGGUCCUGUUGGAAUUCAGAAUGGUCCUGCUUAGUAUUCAGAAUGGUCCUGUUGGAAUUCAGAAUGGUCCUGCUUAGUAUUCAGAAUGGUCCUGCUGGAAUUCAGAAUGGUCCUGCUGGAAUUCAGAAUGGUCCUGUUGGAAUUCAGAAUGGUCCUGCUUAGUAUUCAGAAUGGUCCUGUUGGAAUUCAGAAUGGUCCUGCUUAGUAUUCAGAAUGGUCCUGCUGGAAUUCAGAAUGGUCCUGCUGGAAUUCAGAAUGGUCCUGUUGGAAUUCAGAAUGGUCCUGCUUAGUAUUCAGAAUGGUCCUGCUGGAAUUCAGAAUGGUCCUGCUUAGUAUUCAGAAUGGUCCUGCUUAGUAUUCAGAAUGGUCCUGCUUAGAAUUCAGAAUGGUCCUGCUGGAAUUCAGAAUGGUCCUGCUUAGAAUUCAGAAUGGUCCUGCUUAGUAUUCAGAAUGGUCCUGCUGGAAUUCAGAAUGGUCCUGCUGGAAUUCAGAAUGGUCCUGCUUAGUAUUCAGAAUGGUCCUGCUUAGUAUUCAGAAUGGUCCUGCUUAGUAUUCAGAAUGGUCCUGCUUAGUAUUCAGAAUGGUCCUGCUUAGUAUUCAGAAUGGUCCUGCUUAGUAUUCAGAAUGGUCCUCCUGGAAUUCAGAACAACAAGGCUAUAGGGGGGAGGAGUCGGCUGUCAGUCAAUAAGCGCUACAGCGCAACCUGUUGAGAGAAUUAAAGGGGCAUGUUUUUUUUCUUCUUCACAUGCCACCCCCCAACUGCCCCUGAGGUCCCCCUUCCGUAGAGCUGUCCAAACUGGGAAUGGUCCCACACCACCACAUCACUCAGGAAUUCCACUGUCCCAAUUGGAUGGUGGGAGUGGCAUUGGAAGCAAAGCUCACCCCUCUCUUCCAUGGCAUUUAUGAUGAGGCAGGCAAAAUAAAUUGUUUGGAGUUAUAGCAUGUUUUGAUUGAGAGGGUGAUUUUUAUUUGUUACAAUCACAUUUAUGAUAAAUAUGACUUUGUUAAUGCUUGAGUUUCCUACUUCUUUAUUACUUGGUUGUUGUCCUCUGUUUUAUUUUGGUGAACUCCACAAGGUGUGUCUUCUUGAAACUUCCUCUUGUUAGAUCACCAGCCAGGUAGGGCUGAUCAUUUGUUACUAUCUUAUGAUCACCGUGCCAAACACAUGUUUGUUUACUCAUGGUUUUGAGAAUCCUAUUUGGAUGAAUCGGACACAUCAACUGUUUAUAAUGAAAUAGGCGAUAGGGCUGAAAUUUGUGACGCGAUUUAAUGACAAUUUUUUUGUUUCUUGUUGAUGUUUUCACUGUUUACCUGUUAGUUCAUAUUCACAAUUACUAUUAGACUGCAUGUUGUAAUGGCUGCUUUGAUCCAACACAUUUUAUAAUGCAUUUUUUAACAAAGAUUUUCUUUGGUUGUAAUUAAUCCAAUGUGUGGGUUUGUAUCAUUGCAUAUAAUCCUGAAUUACCUCACAUUUAUAUUCCUUCUACACUUUUUUUCAAUCUAAAUAUUACUGUGUUGAAUGAUAGAACUCAUGAAGAUACAGUGCCUUCUGAAAGUAUUCAGACCCCUUGACUCUUCCCACAUUGUUAGGUUACAGCCUUACUCUAAAAUGGAUACAUUUGUUUUUUUGCCUA